GAUGGUCAGAUUGGGAUGUAUAUAAGCGGCUGCAAAAAGGGUGGCUCUCCAGUUCCAAAGACAUCAUGCAUCGACAGUAAUUACGAAAUCACGAUAGUCACCAGAAACCACAUUAUGGGUAAAAUAAUCACGCUAAUCGUCGCCGUUCUGGCUUUGACCGUGGCGAAGGCCGCUGGCGCUGAGGAAGCGCCACUUGACGCUAUCGAGGCCCGCAUCACACUGGUGGACGACAUCGCGGCCUUCAAAGCUGCUAAUCCGCAGGUGGAGCUCAUCCCGAUGGAAAUAGCGCGCAACGCUCGGAUGCAAAUUGUUUACACUAUGGGGAAUCGAGUUUCAGGAGAUCGUUUGGUGGCUAGCAGGCAGGAUGGGCAAUCUUGGUCCUCACUACAGGAUGUGACACUGAUCCUGCGUUAUCCCCAAUCCGGUACGGGGUCCGUUGUGAGCUUCGUUCAAGUUGUGGUUAACCAGAGCUCAAACCAAGGCCAAGGCUACGUCGUGGCGGGAGGUAUUGGCCAGCGGUUCAUCCAGCUGGUGAUCGAAGCGUUCAAUACAAGCUUCUUUAACUACAACGCGCAAUUCUACGGAUACUAGUUAAUUCCAUCAUUCUCUCCGUCUUCUGUUUUAACUGCAGCUGCAGCUUACGAUCAUGUAGCACCGUCGGACGAUCGGAACCAGGCUCCCGUUCAAUGCUCUCACACCGAAACGGGCGUAUCCGGCGAACUUAAAAUACUUGACGAUAUCCACUUUCUUCGAAACGGGAACGAUUUAUUUUAAUUCCCAUAAAUAAAAAACCAAUGUGUGUUUCCGUUCGAGAACGGAUCAUCCGGUUUGA